AUGAUGCGAGGGUCUUCGCCGCUGGUGAGGUCGACACGUGGUCUGCGUCUUCAGCGGCCCGCGUCCUUUGUCUGCUGGCAAUGCAGGAGUAUUCACAUUAGCGCCGCACCGAGCACCGAGUCCCCAAGGGUGCCGGGCGAUGCCUUCGGAGCUCCCAUUGACGGCGCGCGAGAUAUGGCUGAUGCUCGAUUCGAAGUUCUUGGAUCUCCAUACUCACUGCUAUCCGUCACCCUUUCAGCAUCGCAGAAACUUUACACGAGGCGGGGCACACUUGUUGCUGUAGCUGGAAAGCCAGAUAAUGCCCAAUCGACCUUGUCACUGUUGAAUCCUGUAACCCGAGCUGCUUUCGGAGUUCCGUUUGUCUACCAGCGAAUUUCCGCGACGACACCCAUUACCGCUCUCAUCUCGACAAAGUCACCGACGACUACGUUUACCGUGCUUCACCUCGAUGGCACUACCGAUUGGAUGGUUUCGCAACGAAAUGCGCUCCUCGCUUGGACAGGCCACACUCUGACGCUGUCUUCCCGGAUCCAGCGCAGGCUUGCGCUUGCACACUGGGGCAGCACACAGUUAACUGGGCGGGGGCUAGCCGCCCUAUCUGCUCCUGGACAAAUCUACCAGCUUACACUGGGAGAAGGCGAAGAGUUUGUCGCUCAUCCGGGCAGCGUUGUCGCUUACUCUGUUUCAAGAAACGCACCGCAGCCAUUCCGUUUCAAGAGCACCAGCCUGCGUCUUCAGGUGCCUUCAUUAACAUCUUGGAUUCCAGAGAUGGAGUUUGUCAAGACGGUGCGAAACUCGGAUGUCUACAAAUUUCUUGCUGGGGCUUUGCACAACUUCCGAACCAUGGCACGACGAACCAUCUGGGGUGACCGUCUAUUCCUUCAGUUCAAGGGCCCUGCCACCAUCCUGAUGUCAAGUCGGGGUGUGCGUGUCGCAGAUGUCUUGUCUCGAGAGCAAGUCAAUGAAAUUGCCGAUGCACCGGCGGGAGUAUUACCCUCAGCUGUCGAGCUGGCAAACAAGCCGAAGCAGGGAGGGCAGAUGCUAGACAAGUCUCAAGCAGACGAGGCCGCCAGCAAUCUGCGAGUUGGAUCGCCGCCAAAAGACAGCAAGGUUGUAUUAGAAGAGGGAAGGGAGCUGAAAGAGUUUGUGCGGUAA